AUGGCCGAGCGCUGCGUGCUCGAGGUGCGCGACGUGUUUGAUGCGCAAGAGCACCUGGAAAGGGAGGGGGAGCAGGCGGCAGGCAACACCGUAAAGCUGGCAGCGCUCCUAGUGCAUGCGGCUGUGCGUCAUGUGCUGUGGGUGUGGGGGCAGGUGCCGGAGCCGAUGGUGUCGCUCGCGCGUAAAGCGGAUGCGGCGCUCGAGGCAGCAGGGAGGAGCGUGGGCGCGCCACGUGUAGUGUGUAGUAUAGACGACGACGUGGAGCCGCAGCGCUACGUGGGUCUUGGACGGAAUGCGCAUUUGCGCCGCGUGCUCGAUGCGCUAUGUGCGAGUGUGCGCCUCGAGCAGCGCCUCCACGCGGCGUUUCGUGCUGUUGCACACAUGCCGCACGCGCACUUGCACUUGGCCAUGGUGCAUGGAAAUGCGCUCGCGUACCCGCGCGCAGUGCUGGUGAUUUCUAUGGCGGAUCUAUGUACAGUGCCUGCCAGCGCGACCCAUGAUACCCCAGAACGCACAGCACGGCGCCAAAAGACAAGUACAGCAUUGGAGCGUAAGCUUGUGCGCUUUUGCAUGGAGCACGACGCGGUACUGAGCAAGCGGCUUGCGCCGGGGAAGACGCGUGCCAUGCUCUACGCUCCGGCGGCGAUGCGCAUCGACGGGUGGGUCCCGCGCCCCGAUUGGAACGCCCCUCUUGCGCAGUUUACCUACGAAGACGCAGAACACGCAGAACACGCAGAACACGCAGAACACGCGCCACGCUCACCGUCGCCUUCGCCACAGACGGACAUGCUUGAGGCGCGCACCUCGCGCAUGCGCAUGCCCCUGCACACCGCUGCCCAACGCCGUGCACCGCGUGCGCCAAGCGCCGUGCACCGCGCAAAGCACACGGCACUGCCGCAGCUUUGGCUGCUCGGCGCCACGCGCCAAGCACCCUUCCAGGCGACGUCGCAAAACAAAGGAUACUGGGAGCAAAUGCUGUACAUGGUAAAUUCCACCGCAAGCUCGAAGCCUGAAUGCUACACGGCCCAGCUCGUUUGGCAGCAUGGGAAUUACACGAUUUUUCCCGACAACUCCAUGCGGCUCGAACCUUACUUGCCUGAUGGACGCCAGCAAAUUGCAGACGCUUGCUCCGAUGGCCGCGACGUCCUGCAGUGGUAUGGACAAACCGAGGUCAUGGCGCGGUAUGAAAUCACCACGUAUAUGCAUUACGACAAGCCUGGGCAGGGUCCCCAGCCCUUCUAUUUGCUGCAGAUGUUCGAGUUUGAUGGCUCGCCUAAGCUUCCCAUGUACCUGCGAUACCGGCCACCGCAAAUGCUGCCUACACAGCAGUUGCACUAUGACGUGAUUGGCGUUUAG